AUCUGUCCGGAUGGUUUCUGUUUUUCCCUCUUUCCAGCUUCCUGCUCCGUCCCUCCCACCUCAGGUGGUUUAGGUGGGUGAUUGUUUUCACCUGCUGUGAGUUUAUGUAAGCUGUCGACCCAAGAUGGCUCCCUCUUUGUGACCCUUCCGGAAGCCUGAUGCCUCCCAGAAGCUGAAGACGACGACCACCAUGUUGUUGGCACAAGCUGGAUGUGUUUUCAUGGGCUUCAUCCUGUACAUUUCAGGGGUUCAGGGACAAACAAGCAGCAUCUGUGCAUUAAAAGGUUCAUCAGUGGAUCUGACCUGCUCACCUCAACAUCCCACUUCACCCAUGAAAUGGUACACUGUACACUGGAAUGGAUCUGCAUAUGUUCGGAAUGAACUCACUGCAGAUGGAAAUCGUGUAACGUACAACAUGUCUGAAGAGAAUCACCAAAAUCUAACAAUCAAAGAUGUUAGAGAAAGUGAUCAAAGCAGUUAUUGCUGCGGGGAGGAAACUGACCAGGCAUACUUCUGCUGGUUCAAUCGGAUUCAGCUUCAUGUUGCAGAGCUGCAGGUGAAGGUGAUUCCCACCACAGAGGGACACACAGUAACACUGAUGUGUAGCACCAGCUGUCCUCUGACUGGAAACCCUGCAGCCUACAUGUGGUACAAGAACAGAGAGUUUCUCUAUCAGGACUGGUCUCCCUGGUACCAACAGCUGGUCAGCAGUGAGGAAGCAGUCAGAUACUCCUGUGCUAUCAAAGGCUACGAGGAUCUCAGAGCCCCUGAAGUCUCAGUGGAUUCUGUCACAUCGAGCUGCUUUAAGGUGACCUAUGCUGGAGGCACAAUGUGUUCUUCUCAGCAGACAUCAGUGGAUGAGCCCUGCUCCAUCACAUAUCCAACAGACAUACAUGUUCAGAGGAGUCCUGCAGUUGAAUCAGACAACGUCACACUGACCUGUAACACCAGCUGUCCUCUCACUGCCUUCAUAUGGUAUAAGAACAGACUCUUACAAAGACACUCUGAGAAAUCCCAAAUUUUGGUUCCCAGCUCCUCUGCUGACAGAUUCUCCUGUGCUGUAAAAGGCCACGAAGAUCUGCUCUCCACUGCAGUCUGUGUUGUGGACAACAACUGCUGGAGUGUGAAUUAUGUCAGCAGGAGAAUCUGCGCUCUGAGAGGCUCUUCAGUCAACAUUUCAAGUGAAUAUUCUCAUCCCAACUACCUGCAACCCAAGUCUAAAUUCUGGCGUAAAGUAAAGAGAAAUGGGACCAAAGGAGAUAAAGAGCAGAUGAAGGCUGCAGAUCGAGUGAGUUACCACGACAACAUGAAGAACCUCCACAUCCUGACAAUCACUAACCUGACUGAGAAUGACUCAGCAGAAUACACAUUCAGCCUCCAGGAAGAUGAGGGCGAAUGGACACAGUCUGAUUUUCCAGUGACUUUGGUUGUCACAGGUGUGAAAGUGGACUUCAGUCCUUCUGCAGUGGUGACAGAAGGUCAGAGAGUCACACUGACCUGCAGUACCAGCUGUCCUCUGACUGACGACACAAACUACAUCUGGUACCUGAACAGUCGACCUCUGACCCUGCCACAGAACCAAAACAAACACCUGCUUCUAGACCCAGUCAGCAGGCAGCAUGCAGGAAACUACUCCUGUGCUGUCAAAACCCUCCAGAGCAUCAGCUCUCAUGAAAACACUCUCACUGUCCAAAGUGUAGCAGGAAACUGGACAGCAGCAGCAGCAGCUGCAGGAGUCGGUGCUGCUCUCCUGGUUUUAACAACCUCUGCUGUUUUCUGGUGUAUUAGAAGAGAGAAGACGUCCAGCCAGUCCCCAAGAAGUGAAGCCUCAGAGCAGCCAAACCCUGAUGCCACGUAUGAAAACAUGUCAGCUCCAUCAGCAGAGCAGGAUGACCAUCACUACUGCAGACUCCACUUCUCUGAGAACCACACAGAUGAUCUCUACUCCACCAUCCAGCCAAAGCCUUCUCACUAAACAAGUCAGCCUCCCCUCGUAGUGUCAAUAACUGGAAUAACUUCAGUAUCACAGCAGGCGCAGACAAGCGGAAAUCUGAGUGCAGACAUGAAGGUGAGCACAUAUUUUACUGCUGAACUCAGUGGGAAACUUUUCUCUUUGGUUGCUUUCCACACGUCUGGCUGAGGACUCAUGGGGGUCAAACAGUUCUGUUCCCAGUCUUACCCGACUCUCUGGGAGAACACGAGGCUGCUCCUUCUUGCUUUCUUAUCCCCUGAAACCAACUUCUGUGCAGCCUGCAGUGAAGAAACUCACAGAGAGCCACCAAGAGGAAGACUCACGUCAUCUUUCAGAGCAAUUGAGCAAUUUCCUUUGACAGUGAGCUUUAAUAGGCCCAUAUUAUUUAUAGCCCACAUAACCUGCUGAUCUUUUUGCCCAGUAGCCACAGACUUCUGCCUUGGUGGACUGUGUUUCCACUGGAACAGUCAAGAAGACUGCUUUUUGUCUGGCAUUUCUGAUUGUGUGCUGUUUGUGAUCAGUAAUGAGACCUAAUUAAAGUUUGAAUGUGAAAACA